CCCAAGGAAGUGAUGCCGCUCAUACCACAAGAGGCCGCUGCCGAACCAGUGGUUGUUGACGAACAAGUCGCUGCCGUGCCGGAGAUCGCAGCCGAAGAAGUUGCUGCCAUGCCGGACAUCGUCGCCGAGCAGAUGGUCGACGCAGAAUACGAAGACGAGGCCUCUGCCUCAAACGUCAGCGCGGACGCCGACAACCUGAUGCCACUCCUGCCGGAGUUCACCGUUCCGCCCAUGGAGUGGCUGCUGGGCGGACCGAACGCCGGUUGGCUUGUCUACGAUCCCGAGCGUGACUUUGGCGACGAGGAACUUCCGGCGCCACCACCAGCAUCAUUUCCGACGAUGUACUACUGCCCGCUCCACGGGUACGGGCCACGCCUGCCGUUCUCGUCGCCGCUAACUGCGGUUGACAUGGAGACGCUACCGUCGGGCUUCGUCAUCAACCUGCUGCCGAAGGUGAAGACAGAGGAGAUCGAGACCGCUGCGCCGACGCCCGCUCUCCCAGCGCUCCCCGACCACAACCUCCCAGCACCGGAUGUGGAGGAAAAGGAGCACCAGGAAGCAGCGCCGCAGUCCGCACUCCCGACGCCCUCGCCGGAAGCCCGUGUACUACUCCGUCGCUUUGCAUCAGCCGUGGCUGCUCGCCCCACUGGAAUCCGCAUCGGCACCUGGUCACGAGGCCGCCACCCAAUCCCCCUCCUCCUCUGCGGGGGGGCCACCGCGCCGCUAAAGGAGCCGGCCCUGAGCGCCGGCCUGAAGCAGAGCUCGAACGAGCGAUUGUGGAGUGGAUGUGUGAUUUGGGAUGUACCUUAUCCACUCCCUCCUCGAUUCCUUUUACACGCUUCAGCGGUGCCGACAGAACCAUGGGCCACGCCACAUGACCAAACAGGCCACGUCUAUUAUCACUCGGGAUGUGUAGUACUAAUAUACUCCCGUUUAUAUUAGUUAGACGUACUAAUU